ACUGAAAAAAGCGAAAUACUAUAAUUGCAACCUCCAAAUGGUGGAUUUUUAUGUUUGUAGUUGUUUUUAUACUUAAAUAUUUGAAAUAUUUUAUGACUUAUGUGUUGAAAUGUUUGAUUUUAUCAUUGAUGAUGCAUAUAAUUGCAUAUUUAUUGUUUAUAUUAGGGGUGAAAAAUAAUUUAAAACUGAGAAGAUACAAGUAGCCUCAUUAAUUCGGUUUUGUGUUAAAAACCGAACCGAAUUAUAAUUCGGUUAAACCGAUCAAACCGAAUUAUAAUUCUGUUCGAAUUCGGUUUGAGGUUUGGGAGAAUUCGGAGAUCCGGUAUUCAUAAUUUUGGUUCGGUCGAAACCGAACCGACCGAAUGCCCACCCCUAUCUCCACUGGCUGUCUCCUGUUGUCAAGCAUAAGGGAAGGAGCAUUCCAAGAGUUGUGCCAGAUUUGAGUCUUCACCUUAAUAGAGUGCGCCAAAGAAGGGGGAGAUAGUGCUGCCGCUAUCCCUUUAAAGACUGUUGUUGAUCGAUUCUUCCAGAGCAGCCAAGAAGCCAUACUGAAAAAGGAUUACCAAGGAACCGCGGUGUCUGUGGCCUCAUCGCAAAGAAGGUUCUCCCGUAGCCACUCGUCUUGACUGGAGAAGAAGAACCUCAGUAGUCGGUGGUUCGGGACGAGGCGACAUGCGAUAUUUUUUUAAAAAAAAUUCACCUAACAUCACAAUCCUAACAAAAAAAUUGGCAUUGUCAAUAUAGAAGCAUACAAUAUCUAGGAUGGUGCAAGCAGGUUUUUCACAAGUCCUUUGGAAUUUGUGUGAUUCAGAGAUUGUACAGAAAGAUAAAUGAACCCAUAUAAACUCAUCGUUAUCCUUCUGGACCAUUUCAUUUCCUUUUUGUAGGAUAUUCAAUAAUGCAAAUGAAAGAAGGAUAAUCCCCUAAAAAUCACUAGAAGAUAUAUGCCACAUAUAAUAUAAGGCUGUCUGACUUUACCCGUAGCGGUCCAACAAUGUCAUUUUAGGCUGAAAUGAAAUCUCUCUAUUCACCAUCUUAGGACCAUUUCAUUUGGUUUUCAUGGGUUGUUUAAUAAUGCAAAAGACAAACCUAGGUGAAGAAGGAAAACCCUUGAACAUUGAGUUACACAUUUGCUUUGUAUGUGCACACUAGUGGAUGUCACAUAUCGAAAUAACGCCUCCACCACUCAGAUAUUCUCUCGCACACUCCAAUGUACUAAGUUUCGACCCGACCCAAGGAAUAUCAUCUCUAUAUAAACUACGACUUAUCAUAUCUUUUGCUUCAAUCAACCUACACCGUGAACGAAAACAAAAAAAUUCAGAAAGAAAGAUGAGGCAUUUCGUGCUGGUCCACGGCGCGUGCCACGGAGCGUGGUGCUGGUACAAGGUGAUCGCCGAGCUCAAACAAGCCGGCCACAAGGUCACCGCCCUCGACCUCGCCGCCUGCGGCAUAAACCCAAGGCAGGUCGACCAGGUCCGCGACCUGGUCGACUACUCCGAGCCUUUGCUCGACUUCCUGGCUUGUCUCCAGCCGGCCGACGACGAGAAGGUGGUGCUGGUUGGUCACAGCAUGAACGGUUUCAGCUUGGGUAUUGCCAUGGAGAGGUUCCCUGAGAAGAUCGCCGUUGCUGUGUUCGUUGGCGCCACCAUGCUGGGUCCCGAUUUCGACUACGCACUCGUGGCCGAGAAGUACGAAGAAAUGUCGUCAGGGGCGGACUUCAUGGAUUCUCAAGUCAUAUUUGGGAACGGCAUCGGUAAGCCUCCGACAGCGGUGUUGCUUGGCCCCAAGUACAUGGAGACGAAGACCUACCGCUGUUCUCCCCGCGAGGAUCUGGAGCUGGGAAUAACGCUGGUGAGGCCAAGUCCGAUAUGGGAGCCAGAGCAAGCUGCAAAGGACACGGUGGUGACCAAGGAGAAGUACGGCACCGUCGCACGGGCGUUCGUGGUGUGCGACAAAGAGCGAGAUGGGACAUUCCAGAUGUGGCAGAUCAAGAACAACCCUCCAAAUGAGUACAUCGUCAUUCCUGGCUCCGACCACAUGGUCAUGUUCUCCCAACCUGGUCUCCUGUCAGAAUAUCUCCUCCAACUCGCCGGCAAAUACUUCUGAUCGUUGGCCUUGGUUGGUCACUUCCAUGCAAUAAUAAUGUAAUGUCUUGUUGUAAUAUAAUAAUAAGGAGAAAGACAUAAUAUCUAUUGUCUUUCAAUCCAAACUAUUUGAAGACUAAUAAAAUAUACCAUUCACA